CCUCCAGUUAUCCCAUCCCUUUCCCACUGUGCAUUUUAGCUCCUCAUCUCCCUACCAAUGGAUCUCCCAGCAGCAGCAGCAGCAGAAGAUCCCAGCCCUUCAUUCUCGGACCCUCUUUCAUCUUCCUCCAUCGAUCCUUUCUCCUGCAACGACCUGGCCACCCUUCAAGACCUAGCCUCCCGCGGCUCGUGGCUCGCCCUCCUCGACAAGCUCUCCGAUGCCACCGCCACUCUCCAACCCCACGAACAUCUCAUCUACCUCUCCUUCAACGCCCUCGCCCUCUUCAAGCUCCGCCGAUUCUCCGACGCCUCCCGUCUCCUCAUCGAUCUCGAUCUCGAAGAUUCUGAUGCCGAACCCGAUCCCCGCCACCGCUUCGAGUCCUAUCCCAACCUCUACCCCAAUCGCUCCGGCUCAAUGCUCCCUUUCGCCCUCCGCUGGCUCUAUGCCGAUCUCCCGCACCGCCUCGGCAACCGGUCCGAAUCCCUCGAUCGCCUCUACCGCCUCCUUGCCUUCAUCCGCCGAAGGAAGCUUGCAACAGAAGCCUUCCAGAACAGCGUCUGGGAUAAACGGGAGAUGUUCGUCGUCAAUUCAAUCGUUAGCAACCAUCUGGCCUACAAGGAAUUCUCCGUCUGCUUGUGCUUGUUGCAGGACCAGCUCCGUUCCAAGCCCUCUGAUCCUGUCCUGCUAUCGAAGGCUGCGUAUAUUUACAUGCAGAUUGGCGACUUGGAAGAGGCGAAGUCAGUUUUCACCCGCAUUGAGGGGCUGGCAGUGGAGGGGAAGGAGUUCCAGAACCUCGUGAACCGGAACAGGGCACUGGUGUACUUGGUCGGGAAGGAUUACGUGUCAGCAGUGAGGGAGUAUGAGGAGUGCAUUGAGAGGGACCCGGCAGAUGUCGUCGCGUUUAAUAACAAGGCGCUGUGCUUGAUGUAUCUUAGGGAUCUGUCGGAUUCGAUCAAGGUGCUGGAGGGUGCACUGGAAAGGGUGCCUACAGCGGCGCUGAAUGAGACAGUCGUGGUGAAUUUGUGUAGCAUGUAUGAGCUGGCAUUCGUGAACCACUCGGAGAUCAAGAAGACACUCAGCAACUGGAUUGCGAGGGUUGCGCCGGAUGAUUUUAAUUCGUCUUGUACUAGAACUUGAGAGAUCCUGUUGGAGUUACUGACAUGCAAUGUUAAACCAAGCUCCCUCAUUGUGGAAUGCUAUAUGGAAUGGUGUCUUUGAGUGCUUUCAGGAGGAUUAUAAUUUUCUUCUAGGCCAAACUCAUCAAGAGGAUUAGAAUGUUCUUCUAGCAGGUUGGGCAUAAGAUUGGCUUGGUCCCAGAUGUUGAACUGAUAGGGCUGGCCCUAACGGAAAUUUGAUUUUUCUUGGCCUGGGCCUGAACCCUAUCCUGUUUACAGUCCUAUCAACAUGGCUCAAAUUAUCAUCUGAUACAACUUGGUUCGUGCAAGUUAUACCGGUUCCAGUAGGGACCAGGACAAGUCAAGAUAUCAAAAGAGAGCAUUCCAAACUGCUAUUUAAAACCAUGAUAUCGACAAUGAAAACACCUUGCAUUAAUGUAGUGAGGCAGUUAACCUAUGCUAUUAUUUUCUUUGUCCUUGAUACGCAAUAUUGAGAUGGUUUCAACCCUUGGCUUCUCUGAUUUCACCGUGAUAUUGAACAAAGAUUGCCUCCACCCAGAACAACCAUCAUUCCAAGAUGGGAAAUAUUCUCUUAGAAAGCAUUGUAAUUGGACUUCGACGUGUUCUUUGCACUGAGUUGGAAGUGAUUCAUGGAAUGUGAACCAUUGGAUAAGCACCUAUGACAAUGUCCUGUGGAGAUUGGCAAAUGUGCCAGAAGAGAUAUGGAUUCAUAUAUUCCUCUUUCAGCUUAUUCAAUUUCUUUGUGAGGCUAAGCCAAGGAGAUUGUUACUUGCAGCAUCUUGGUUGGUUCAAAUCUUUGUUGUAAUGGAUGUGUUUGUUUCUUUUCAUGGUCGAUGCUCUCUGUUGUCAUAGAGGGGUUCAUUUCUCAUGCAUCUCCUUUAUCCUGAAAAGGCUAUGCACUUGAAACAAAUUCCUGUUCAAUUCCCAAAUUGAAUGUUGUCAACCACUCAACCUUCAUCUCCACCUCAUGGUCAAAUACAUAAUCAGCUUUUGUUGAUCA